UUAGAUCGUGUUCAACUCGAGGAUGACAUUCUUGGCGACCAGGCCACAGUCGGCACGACCAUCGACGGCCCACCACCGGACCAAAACCAACAAAAUCACGCUCGGGACGUAUCGAUUUCGCCCAGGCACGUCCAGUUUAGAACGAGUUGGGCCUGUGGACGUCCACACGCCAGUCUUGACCCUGCUCGGGCUCAUGGCGGACGACAUGUCGCCGUUGUAUCAUUCCGUGCACCACCUGAAAAUGCACCGGUUUCGAGCGCACCUGCCAAGCACGGUCAUCAUCGGCCGACAUUCCGAGCCGUGUGCGUGGUACUAUACCAACAAGGAAGGGUACGUCCUCAAGAAACACGCGGCGCACUGCACAUGGAAGAACGUUCGGGAUGCUUUUUGCGGCCGGUAUACACCGAGGCACAUGGAGCAUGGCCAAGACAAAAACGUCCACUGGCCAGUCGCGGUCGCAAAAUUCGACGAUGGCCGCAUGCGCGUCUUGACUCUGCACGCGUUGUAUACACUCCUGCGAUCGCUUGACGCAGAAUUCCCCGCAAAAACCGCCGACAUCCAUCCGUUUUGCAUCCAAGCCUUUGUCCCACCGGCCAAGCGCGUCCGAUACAUCAGUAUAUACACCCUGGUGCGCAAUAUCGGCGACUGCCACGUCGUUGUGGCAGAGCUUGCGUCCAACUACAAGGAACAGUCACACGACAGCGGGCACGACGUGGACGUGACGAAGGAGCCGAUUGAGAUCUUGGAAGCAGAACACAGCAUGAUGGUCGAAUCCAUCAAGCGUACGACGUUGCUCCUCAUUCACCACGUGAACCGCAAGAACUCGGCAUCCAACACGCCCGUGAUCAGCAAGCUCAUUGCAGAGUACAUGAUCCACACCAAGGACAACGAAGUGUACUUGACCGCGAUCCUGGGUGUGAGCUGGCAGAACGGCGACCAAGUUCAGAUGGCCGAUUUCCAGACCGAGAAAAUUCGCGAUUUGACAGCCAUCGACGACGUAACCAACCAAGCACGAAACAACGCAACAGGCGCUACUGUCGCGAAAGGGCUCCACCAAAAUGCCGUGGUGAAACAAGUCAAGCAGUUUGCCCGGAGCUUGCAAGGCAGCACCGAGCUGUACGAAGCUGCGGAGCGACACGCGAGCGAGUGCCAGGCUGCGGCGGAGACGUUGCAAGCGCAAGUCGUGGAGCUGCAGGCCGAGCUAGAACACGUCAAGGCCAAACUCGACACGUCCACAGCUCACGCCGACGCCCAGCGGAAGAUCAAGUGUCUGGAAGGCCGUAUUGAGCUCCAGGAAAAGGAAAUUGCCAAAUUGGACGCCACACUCGCUGCGUACGAGACCAACACUGCGAAAGCGACGGCCGAUUUGGAUCGAGAACGAGUGCUCUUUUGCGAAGCGCUGAAAGCGGCCCAAGUUAAAAUCGUCACGCUGACAGACACCAUAGCCCAGCUCGAACAAGACAAGGCGCAGCUCAACACCCAAGUGUCGGCCCAUGCCCAAGCGAUGCGCGCGGCAGCAGGAACGAUUGAAGCGCUACAAGGUGCCGUGGACAAGCAAAAACUCUCGACGCACCAAGUGUCGUCGAGUUUGCGGGACCUUCAGAUUCAACUGAAUGCGAUGGAAGCCGAGAACGACAAACUGAAGGCACUCGUUCCGUUUGCGUCAGUCAAAAAGAUCAGCUGGUGCAGUAAGAUGCACCUGCACGACUUUGCCAUGGAGUGGCCCGACUACCGAAUGGAAAUCGGCGUCCUCAAUCGCGCGCUGGGGGCUCACUACAGCGUUCUCAAGCGAAUAUUCACUCAGUACCUCACCCUAAAGGUGCCACUCAUCGGCCCGACCAUCCCGCUCGGCCGGACGCAUCCGCUGCUGUCAAAUCAGCUCAACUACGCCCAGCUACUGGCGUGCAUGGAAACUUGUCAUAUUAUAACGACAAGGUUCACCCCGCCGCAGCUAGAAGUUUUGUAUACAAAGUGCACGGCAGCUCGAUGGCACCAAACCCACGGCCCCAAGCUCACGACGGCGGGGGUGUCGAUGCCCCGCGGGAUCGUACUGAUUGAGUUUAUGGAGCUAUUGGUCCGGGUCGCCCAUAUUCGCGGCGGCGGGAAGAGCGGCCUUGUCGGCGAAAAGUUCCACACCUUGGUCGAGGACUGCAUCUACCCUCAAGUACGUUGGAAAGACAUUGAAGCCGUUGCGCUCAAAUAAUGGCAUAACCAUCGCAAUGAGAUAAACUCCCCACGUGAGUGGCACACCGUGUGGAGACCAACCAUCAGCCAUCGAAAGAAACAAUUCAACGCUGUGGUUUUUCUAUGCAUGCAGUGACAGCGUUUUGUCC